AUGUCUCUGCUUCUCGGCCAGACUCCGAAGCUCUGCCUUCGGAAACCAGUGUUUGUUAGAGCCUCUCCUCCUCUUUGCCCUAAUGGCUCCUCAUCUUCCUUGCUGCAAACCCCUCCUUGUUCCAUCAUCGGCGCUGAUCCUUGUGGACCAGCUCUCGGAAAACUCGUGAUUAGAUAUGCUAAUGAAUGUCACUUCACUCAUUUGGAAAAGAAGGUGCCUAUGGAUUUGGUCUAUAAUGAUACUACUGAGGCAAUGGUAACGAUCGGUUCAUCUCAUGGCUGGGUAGCUACUUUAAAGAAGGGAACUCUGCGUCUCCAAGACGAUCUUAACCCGGCUGCAUCGGAUUCAGAUCCAAAACGCAUCUCCUUACCUCCUCUUGUAACUCUGCCUCAUUGUCAAACCCAAAUCGUCACCAACGUGGCAAUGUCUUCACCUUGUCCAUGGGAAGAGGACUGUGUUGUGGCUGCUAAGUUCUUGGGACAUCAGCUCAGCUUCUGUAGACCGGGUCAACCCAACUCCCAGUGGAUCAACGUCAGAAUCGAAAACCCCUGUUUCUUCUCUUCCCAAGUCAUGUUUUCAAAGAAACAUGACAUGUUUCGCAUGCCCGGAUCUGGAGGCCACCUCAUUGGAUCAUGGGAUCUACGCAAACACAAGCACACACCCAAGCUUCAGGAGUUGCGAUAUCAAAACCUUCCCGAGCUGACCAAGACCAAACGCGAACUUCUAAAUUCAUGCAGCACGAGCGAACACUUGGUGGAGUCACAACCCACGGGUGAAACAUUCUUGCUAAAGCGGUUCAAGAAGACCACAGAGAUCAUUGACGGUAUUGCCAAAAUGAAAACAAAAGCUUUAAUGGUCUUCAAGCUUGAUGAAGAAGGAAAUGCGGUUUACACUGAAGACAUCGGAGAUCUUACCAUUUUCCUUUCAAAGUCUGAACCUUUCUGUGUCCCUGCUAGCUCCUUUCCCGGCGUGGUCAGCAACUAUGUCCAUAUCUUUGAUUUCGCCGAGGUCGGAGAUGUCAGUCUGGCUAAAUGCCACAGCGACUGCACGGGUGGUGCUGGUCCAUUUAGAUACGGAUUCGAUGCCCCAUACUAUAUUCCACCUCAAGAUAUACAACACUAG